UCACAUGAAAAUGCUGAUCGUAGUUUAUAUACUGCUGAUGCUCAGAGUGGGACGUAAGUAUAUUUUUUAUUCAUCCUCUUACAGUAAUUUAAUACAUGAUUCUCUGUUGUUUAGCAUUAACCUCUGUGCCUUUUAUUUUUUCAGGAUGUUCACAGGAUCAGAUCUUGGAGACAAGACUGUUGAUGUUAGACAACAUGUGACUCUAACAUGUGAUCGCCAGAAAUCUGGGAGCAAAGACACCUUAUUUUGGUUCAGGAUUGUUUCUGGAAACUUACCUGAAUUCUUGGGAGGAACAUUUUACUUUAAUUAUACUGGUGUUAACAAGACUCCUCACUUUACAGCUAAACAAGAGCCUGGAACAUUUAUUCUGGAUAUUCAGGAAACACAGCUCAGUGACACUGGAUUUUAUUACUGUAUAGAAGUAAGCCAACUUGACAUGACAUUUUUGAAAGGCACUUUUCUGAACAUCAAAGGACCAGAACCUGAUAUCACUGCCGUCAUUCAAAACAUUUCAUCUGAUCCAGUCCGUCCAGGAGACUCAGUGACUCUGCAGUGUUCAGUCCUCUCUGACUCUGAGAAUAAAACAUGUCCAGAGGAACACAGCGUGAUCUGGUUCAGAGCCAGAUCUGAUGAAUCUCACCCCAGUUUAAUUUAUGCUCAAAGAAACAGUCGUGAUGAAUGUGAGAAGAGUCCUGAAGAUCCAUCUGCACAGAAAUGUGUCUACAGCUUCUCAAAGGACGUCAGCUCCUCUGACGCUGGGACUUAUUACUGUGCUGUGGCCACAUGUGGGGAGAUAUUAUUUGGAAAUGGAACAAAAGUGGACAUUCAAGCGCCCGACUUGUGGGAUUUGCAGAUGGCCCAUGCUGCCCUGUUUCUGCUAUUUGCUGCUUUGGCUAUAAGUCUGAUUGUUAUUGCUUUCCUCCUUUAUACCAUCAAGAAAACUUGUAAUCAUUCUAACGAUGCCGUCACUCUGCAAAGAAAUGCUGCGAGUCAGCAGAGAGAUGAAGACUCCUUGGUGUAUUCUGCACCAACUUUUACCAACAGGAAAGCUGGCAGAGCAGAGAGAAGAAAUGUAAACGCAGCGGAGGGGAGAGACGACCUACACUGAUAUCAGGGCUUUUGUAAGAGAUUAACAUCUGCUGGAUUUACUAAUUAAAGCUCAAAUGAUUUUUAUAAAUACACUGUGUCACAUCAGUUUAAUUUUGAAAAGGUUUUUUUUUUAUGGCUUUUGGUGAUAUCCUUCAGCAUGUAGUUUUGUGCAUUUUAGUUUAUAGUGCCAUCAUUCGGACUGUUGAAAGACUUAGCUUGAAAGAGUAGAGAGCUUGAGGAAGAUUUACUAUCUUUGCUGACAUGUUUAAUGCUGUUAACUUCACAUAAAUCUAUCAAUGUAAAUU